UUUUUGUACACGCACAGAAAAAAAUACCUGGUCUGCAGAAGUUUGAGAUCUGAACAUCCGAACACAGAGAAAAUUGAAACCAGGAUUGUUUUGCUUUCUGAAAUUAGCGCUGAGAUGGAAAUACAGCUUCCACCUCACGAGGGAGACGAGCUGUCGGUGGUCGACAUGCACACGGGUGGAGAGCCUUUACGGAUCAUCCUCAGCGGCUACCCAGAGGUCAAAGGCGACAGCGUGCUCUCCAAACGUCGUUACGUCCGCGAACAUCUGGACCACCUCAGGAGGGUGCUGAUGUAUGAACCCCGGGGACACUACGACAUGUACGGUGCCCUGAUCGUGGACAGCGAAUUACCCGAAGCCGACCUGGCGGUGCUGUUCAUGCACAACGAGGGCUACAGCACCAUGUGUGGCCACGCGGUCAUCGCGCUGGGACGCUUCGCUGUGGACUACAAACUGGUGAAAGAGCCACAGUCACCGGAGACACAAGUAAACAUCCACUGUCCCUGUGGUCUGGUGAAGGCUUUUGUUGAGUACUCUGAGGGAAAAACAGGAGGAGUGAGGUUUCUCAGCGUGCCAGCGUUUGCAUUUGCCACAGAUGUGACGGUGACAGUGGAGGGGUUUGGUGAGGUAACAGUUGACAUCAGCUACGGCGGAGCCUUCUAUGCUUUUGUGAAUGCCCAGAGGUUUGGUCUGGAUGUGUCCAAGUCCAGGACUCGGGAUCUUGUCGACGUAGCCACAGCGGUGACCAGCGCUGUCAAAUCUCAGGUGAAGUUGCAUCAUCCAACCAGUGACGAUCUGGCCUUCUUGUAUGGCACCAUCCUAACAGACGGAAAAGAUGAUUACUGCCCUGAACCCACCGCCAAUAUCUGUGUGUUUGCAGAAGCUCAGGUGGACCGAAGCCCAACUGGUUCUGGUGUCACCGCUCGAGUGGCUCUUCAGUAUCAUAAAGGUCUCAUCCAGCUGAACCAGACCAGGACGUUUCAGAGCGGAGCCACUGGAUCCCAGUUCACAGGGAAGGCUGUCGAGGAGACGAAGUGUGGAGACUUCAAGGCUGUAGUGGUGGAAGUCGCCGGCAGAGCUUUUUACACCGGAGUUUCACGCUUUGUGCAAGAGGCAGAUGAUAAACUGACUAAUGGUUUUCUGCUGAAGUAAGCAGGUUUUCAGUGAUGUACACAAAAACACAGGAACAGGAAAUCUUUUAGAUGACCAAGACUUGGAUCUAUAAUGAAGACAGUCACUUAUUGCCUGCUUUACCUGAGUGCUAAAUUGAAUUAAAAAAAAAAAAAAAAAUAAGAAAAUUAUUCCUUAAUUUGUUGUAAGCAAAAGUACCAACUAUUAUGUAUCUUGUGAAUUAUUAUAUUGAUCUAAAUUAUAUUUAAUAGAUUAGCAAAGUAUAUAACUAACCAUUAGAGAAGGUGAGGAGCUUGGUCAUUUGAGAGGGACUUUGAGUAGAGCUGCUACUCCAUCACUAUCAGUUGAGGAUCCCUCCUGGGUUCCUCCUAGACGAGGUGUUUCAGCCAUGUCCAACUUCAUUGCAUAGACUGCUACCCUCACAACAGGGCCCCAGAUGAGCAGUAGAAAACAUAGAUGGAUGGAUCUGACAAACAGCUAAGAGGAAACGUGCUGCUAUUCAGAAAAUCUAAAAUAUUCUUGAUACUGAACUGUGACUUUCAUUGUAUAUAAUAAUAAACAACAGUAAUACGUAUGUUAGAGUGAAUGACCAGUGCAGUGAUGCUGACAUUUAAGAAUCAGCUCAUGUUAAAACGCUUCAAGUUUGGGGGUAUGCCUUAAAUGUUGUGUUGCAUUUACUGACCACUAGAUGGUGCCACGAUGCUAGUUACCUUUGAGGUUUAAAUUUCGACACGUUAAAAGAUGCUUCCACUUCCUGUUGAGGGUUGUAGUGGCAAUAAAUUAGUAGUUUUGUUUUGUUUUUUUUAAUCAGUUAAUGCUGUGUGAAAGUGCAUGUGCUGGCAAACUAAAUGAUAGAAGUCACAACUGUUUUCUCCCAU